AUGCAGCCACCCCCUCGACGAUCAGCUGACUCCGCCGUCAAGAGGAUAAAGCGAUUCAUCGAGAAGAUCCUGUGUAAGGCGCCAUCGCUGUUGCUGCCACUGCCUCAGCCGACUGUGGAGGCACAACCAAAGUUGCCGACCCGCAGCAGGAGGAUCGCCGCACAACCGCUCUCACGUGUCCUAGCUUCUAAACGGGGAGAGGUGCUGAUGAUGAAGCGGAUGGGAUUCCUCGACGGUCAGACGAGGCCGUCCACGACAGUUGUGGACGCCUACGACAGCAUCUUUGUCGACCAGCUCAACCCCUCGUAUGCUGAGGCAAUGUGA